UCCAGAAGGGGCAAAAGGGGGCAGAAACUGCGGUGCGCGCAAUGGAGACAAGCUGAUGUCUGGGCAAUCCCUUGUUCAAGAUCAAUUGGCACUUACAUGUAUGGACAAUCACUAAUUUGAGGGAUUUUGUUUCUCUCAGAGAGAUGAUCAAAAAAGAUCUACAAGACUGAAGGAUUGGUGCGCAAAAAGGGCCACCAUUCAGCCCUGCCCUGAUUCCGUUUUUACCUUUCAGCGUUGCAACAUGGCACGUAUCUCUACCAUAUUUUUACUCUGUGUAACAUCUUUACUCAGUGGAGCUGAGAGCGUAUCUGAGAUGUGCCGGGGGACGCGCUGCUUCUCUGGCCAGGACUGGAGCAGACCGUGCGUCGGAGCGCACUGCCAGGGGCGCACAGAGCCAGCGGCGUCCCGACGACAGUUUCACCACUCUGCACAAUCCAGACAAGGACAAGUCUACCCGAGUUACCAACAGGAUGCUCAUUUCACUCAUCGCCAAGCCCAGAGCGCGCCGUUAGCACCUUACACCAUCAUCCAACCUCAGCAGGGAGGCUUUACGCAACCAGCGGGAACGGAUGGCACCAGGAGGACGAACCCGAGAACCAUCACGGCGGAGGUGUUCCAUCCUGGCUGCGCCGGUGGGACCUGUCCGACCACUGUCUCUCAACGCACGACGAGUGAUGACAGUACAACACGGGAGUGUAAAGGGAUUGGAUGUAAACUUCCCCUCCGGAUGCGCCAGAAGCCCAAGCCUUGCGUCGGAGACGGCUGCGGUACGCAUGGAGGAGACGACGGGAAAGGACACUCGCCGGUUCAUGUGACAGACAGAGCGGCGCAAUUUCUGGAUGAGCUUCCAGACUUUGGGUCGGAACGUGGUGCAUGGAUACAGCUGACAUGUGACAUGAAACCAGGGACCAAUGAGCUUCCCUCAGAGGACGCUCUUGUGCUGCAGCUGCAGCUGUCUAAGAGCCAGGAGAAGCUGGUUGAGGCCCUCAGGGGCCAGCAGGACGAGGUCAGGGAGCUGCAAAGGCUCCUCAGUGAGCAGCAGGGGACGCUGGUCAACCAGCAGAGAGAAAUACUGGAGCAGCAGAGGAGAAUGCAUGACCAGAUGGAGCAAGUUAAAGCCCAGUAUAACAUAAUGAUGGACAGCAUCAAACACACAUCUUUCCAGAACCUCCAGGGAGAGCUAGACAGUCACAUGGAAACCAUGAGUGGGCAGGUUAGAGCCCACCAAGCACAGCAGGCUCUCUCUCUGCACAAGGUGGACAUGGAGGCCAGUGUGGUGGAGGUGGGUCGCUCCGUGUUGGCCUGUGGGAACUGCGGUUCUGAGGAAUACUGUGGCUUCAGCAGCGGUCAUCCUCACUGUGAGAAAUGUACCAUCUGUCCUGCUGGCUUCUUCCUGGUUGCACAGUGUUCAGUCCAUGCAGACAGAAUCUGCCAGGACAGAGAUGAAUGCCUUGAAAUAGCUGAUCUGUGUGGGGAUCGACAGAAGUGUCUCAAUACUCCAGGUGGAUUCAGGUGCCAGGGCAUGACAGAGCGAGAAGCCAGCUCAGGAAUGUGCGGCCACGCCUACUUCUACAACUCGGACAUGGAUGAGUGUCAGGCCUGUAAUGAGUGUGAUGGCGAGCCCGUGGCUUCACCUUGUACCUUCACCACAGACACCAUCUGCUCUGGCCCUGCUGCUGCUGCUGCUGGCGACAGUGUCCUUUCUCUGUCCUGGACCGGAGAUGUGAGUCUGCCUGGCGCAAAAGGCCACGUCCUGGCCCACACCUUCCCUAGCGUGCAGCUUCAAAUCCAGGGAAGAGGUGAUCCAGGGCUGCUGUCGGCUGAGGAUGGGCGCCUGGUGCUUAGGCAGCACGGUCUGGUCUGGCUGGAUGAGAAUCUUUCUGUGAGCCACGGCUGUCGAAGCUUCAUCCAGUUGUGUCUGCGUAUGAACAACACAGACGGCUCUGAGGGUCGCGACCUCAGUGGCUUUAGGGUCGAGCAGCGGGAGGGAAGGUCGCUGCAGAGCGUCAGCAUCAGUGGAGUAGCAGAGGUCGCCCCGGGUCACAUGAUCUCCCUAUUCCUCCGGAGUGCCAGCCACCACUGUAACCAAAGCAGUGAAGGUCUGCAGCUGUACGACCCUUCAGCAGCUCCACUCAGUCUCCUCUGGCUCUCCCAUGACACCGGGGCUGUUGCCAUGACAGCACAGGCCAUGGUGUCCGCACACUACCAUACAAACUAUCGCCCAGUCUUCCGUACCACCUCCACCUCUGACCCUUACGUGGUGGGGCUGACUCAUGAUGGCCGUGGGAUCCGUUUUGCAGAAAGUGGCACCGUGCGUUUUGUAUUUCAGCAGGCGUUGUACUCCAUGGGCCAGGCGUGUGUGAGUGAGGGCUUCCAACUGUUGGCAUACCUCAACCGUAAUGGAACCAGCGUGGAGCUGUGCCGUACCUUCAAACCAGGCGUCCAUUAUCGAGACACAUCCUUAUCUCUGUCUGGAGCGGCUAAAGUUGGCUCUGGGGACACACUGGGCUUUGAGAUCCUCUCUCCUGCUCAGUGCAACGUACGUUUCUUUGGCGAUGAGACAGGCAUCAGUAUUCUCAGCCUGGUUUGGGUCCCCGCUGCUCUUUCUUCCUCUCUUUCUGCCUCCGUGUCUCACACCGGCCUACCCUCAGGAGCAGUUCGAAACAAGCCGCUGUUCUUCCACCAGACAAGCGCUCAGGUGUCCCAGAUGGGGCUGCUGGGGAAGGCAACCACAGAUCAGAGACAAGAUUUUGUCUUCAGGGAGAGGGGCACAGCCAGUGUGGCUCUGGAUCUCAAACUCAUUCACUCCUGCAACCUGGUCAAGGUGACUCUUCUAAGGCGAAGUGAUCCAGAAGGGUCAGUUGGUGGACGGGAGGCAGAGGGAGCGCGACCUGUCCCUCUGGCCCAGCAGGUGGGUGGUCAGAUGCCCGAGGGAAGCCAUUGGGCCAGUGUUAGCCUGCGGGCAUCGUUCCAGGUUAGUAACGGCACAGCAGUGUUCUUCACACUGGAUUGUGUACGUGGACGAGUCAAUCAGAUCAGCUACCAAACAGGAAGUGGAGUGUCAAUCCUGUGGGUGGCAGCAUAACAUAAGAAAGACAAAACAUGUUGUUUUUAUAUGGUUUCCAGUUCAGUAGACCAGUUAAGCCAUUUAUACAGUAUGAUGGACUAGUUUAUUGGUUUGAUUUUAGAGGAAUAGUUAGACAUUUUGGGAAAGAUGCUUACUUUGUUUCUUGUCGCAAGUUAAUUCAAAUUUUGCAUUUAUUUCAUACACAUGAUCUAAAACUAACCAAGUAGUUUUGCUUACCAAACCUAAAUGGUUAAGCGGUUUUAAGAGGUUGUGGUCAUUUCACGUAUUUCUGUGAGAUCGGGUUGGUUAAAUAUGAAUCUACAGCCACCAGAAUGUUAGCUUAGCUUGGAGGAAACAGCUAGCAUGGCUCUGUCCAAAGGUAACAAAAUACGCCGAUCAGCACUCACAAAACUAACCAGUUAACACAUUCUAUCUUGCUUGUACAAAAAGAAAAGUGUAAAAGCAAUACAUUGUGGUUGUAUGGCAGCAGGCUUGCUGCUUCCCCUUGCCCCCAGCCUUAGUGCUAAAAUAAGCUAAGCUAACGGUCUCCUGGCUGUAGCUUCAUGUUUAAUGGAGAGAGGUAUCGAUCUUCUCAUGUAACUUUGUAAAGAAGGCGAAUAAGCAUAUUUGCCAAACUUUAAACUAUUCCUUUAAGCUGCUUGACUUUAUAGUGAGUAGCCUACAGCUAAUUUGACUUUUUUUUAAAAUAUAUUUUGUGCUGAAAAAAGCUCAAAUAUGGCUUUUAUUUAAAAGAAAAUGUAGCAUCAUGUGUUCUGUGUAGUGUAAUAAUUUCAACAGAAGUAGAUGUAAACUAUUUUCUCACGCUAGAGUUUUCUGCUUUUGCUAUGUUCAGAAAUUCCAUGUGUUGUAGUAGUUGUGUCUUUUAUUUAUGUAAUUCAUUUACUCUGUUGACGCCUGAGGACCUUCAGCUCAUUCCUACUGUGACUACAGCAUUUUGUGCUGUCACCAAAAGCAGAUCACUGCUGGUUUCAUUCAAGAGUGUUUUUUAAGAGCAUGUUUCAUGUUAGCCACCAUUUUCUAAUGUGAAUAUCCACUGCAUGCCUUGUUUAAUGACCACUUUCUUCAUAAUAUGGAAUUAAAGAGAGUCUCACUAAUGCCCAGUUGACAAUCUUAAUCUUAAAUAUUAACACCUUAAAAUAUAGUUACUGUUUACUCAACCUAAUCUGUAAUAAAGUGUAUAUUUGAUGUUUUAUAUUAAAUCCAAUAAAAUUAAAA